AUGCCUCGCCAGAAGCCCUUCUCCAAGAAAGAUGGCGCUGUCCACUUCCAGCUCCUGCAUCGCGCCCAGAAUGACCCGCUCAUUCACGACGAAAGCGCACCGUCCAUGGUCUUUGCCGAAAUCGAGAAAACGCAACCACGACAACAACGACGCGAAGACGAAUAUGCUUCUAGCAGCGCAGCAUCGCAAUAUAGCGGCGCCUCAUAUCGCUCGUACAGAUCCACCAAGUCGAAAGUGCGCGGCGACCUUGAGGAUGAAUUCGGCAUGAGCUUCAAGCAGAAUGAGGGAGAGGCGGCGCAACAUGGUGUCUUCUAUGACGAUACGCAGUACGACUACAUGCAGCAUAUGAAAGAUCUGGGAACAGGUGAAGGUGCUGUGACAUGGGUCGAAGCAAAUCUACCGCAGAAAGACAAGGGUAAAGGCAAGCAGAGGUUGGAAGAUGCGCUACGGGAUAUGGACCUGGACGAUAUGCGAAGUGUUGGGCAAAGCUCAAUGACGAGCAGUGUUGCGAGAAGUCUGUUGCCAGAGGAAGUGCUACCAAGUGAGUUUGUGCAGAAGAGGUCGUACCAAGACAUGCAAGAUGUGCCAGACGAGAUUGCAGGUUUCCAGCCGGACAUGGACCCCAGAUUACGGGAAGUGCUCGAGGCGCUGGAAGAUGAAGAGUAUGUGGACGAUGAGGAGGACAUCUUCGGAGAGCUGACGCAGGAUGGCUGGGAGGUGGACAGAGACGAGUGGGAGAGGCUAGGAGAGCAGCAAAUGUUCGACGAGGACGAUGAUGCAGGCUGGGAGAGCGACGACACAAUCAAAGCGCCUACGUCUCCUCCCUCAACCUCAGACCUACCCGACCCGAAUCUACCCUUACCAGCAGGCGAAGACGCAGCACCCCCAGAAGACCCUCAGGCAGUACCCACAGCGGAUCCCACACACGGCGCAUGGCUCGACGAGUUCAAGAAGUUCAAGAAGGCCGAGAAGGAUGACAAACCCGAGAAAGCACAUCAAGGCUUCGCGCCUUCCACGCUCGAGUCCUCCGCCCUUUCAUCUCUCGCUACAGGCCGCAAGAAGAAGCGCAAGGGAGCACAGACCUCAACCUCCAACUACUCCAUGACAUCCUCCGCCCUUGUACGAACAGGCCAGCUUACACACCUCGACGACCGAUUCGACAAGAUGGAAGCGAACUACUCCUUGGCCGAGUUCCCCGAAGAGGAGGAAGAUGACUACCUAGCUGACACGGGAUCAAUGGCGUCUGGCAUGACUGGCAUGUCCAAAGCAUCGCGGGUGUCGAAAUAUUCCACCACCAGCGGGAUGAGCGGUGUCAGUGGCAUCUCCUCAUACUCCCGAGCCACAGACUCGGAAGCACCCAAGCUGGUACGGUCCGACUUCGACUCGGUGUGCGACGAGUUCCUAGGCUCGCACAGCAAAGUCGGCAAGAACGCGAGGAGGGUAAGAAGAGGUGCGCCACAAAGCGGCAUUGAGCAGCUGGACUCUGUGAGGAGAGAGUUGGGUGAUCCGAAGAAGUUCAUCUCGAACCGAUAUCGAAGCACGAAGGCUUCGUGA